AUGACCGGGCAAAGUGUUUGGGGUUUUGCCGCAGCCUUCGUCUUCUCCUCGCUGGCCCACACUGUGCUGGGCUCCCCGCUCAGCUGCGGCCAGAACCAAUACCCUCGCUACUCGAAAUGCUGCAAUAAAUGUCCACCAGGAUGGGAAAUGAAAGAACGAUGCAAGCCAAAGGCUGACACACGAUGCGAGCCAUGUCCCAAACAGCGUUAUUCCGAGAAUUUCGGCUCCUCGGAUUGUAAGCCAUGCACCGUCUGUUUUGCAGAGAGAGGACUCGAGAAGGUAAAGAAAUGUAGCAGUACCUCGAACACCAUUUGCACGUGUCGUGCGGGUUACUCGCCGGCAAAAGAGAGUGACGAUAUAGAGCAAUGUAUCGCAUGUCGCGAGGGCUAUUUUUCCAGGGGCCAGAAAGAGAUGUGUCAGCCGUGGACGAAUUGCGCUGCUCAAGGCAGAAAGACACUACGCUCAGGAACAAGUACGUCCGAUGCAAUAUGUGACAACCCACCAUCCCCUUCUCCAAGAUCAACCAUCUCCACCCUGCCCCACUCCAGCCCAGGAAAUGGGGUUGGAACAUCAGCUGUGACUACCCUGAAGCCCACGUCUCCUCCCGUUACUCCUCCCACUGAUUCCUCCCUGGACCUUCCGAGUGUCACUAACUGGGGUUUCUUAAUUGUUCCCAUCACCUGCGCCACUCUCCUCCUUGGAAUAGCAGGGGCAGUUUGCUAUUUUCUGCAAAGGCUUCAGAGGAAGAAGGUGGCACCGGAGAGACUAGAGGUGCCAUUCCACGAAGAUGGAAGGAAGACCUAUCGCAUUCCCAUCCAGGAACAGCAAGUUGAUCUGAAAUCCAGCCUGGUGCGGAAUUGA